AUGAAUUGGAUUUUGAGCACCUACACUAACAUUUCUUUCUCUUCUCUUUCUCUUUCGCCUACUCCCCAUUUCCAAAGUGGUCCACUUGAUGACAGUCUCUACACCUUCUCAUUCAAUGAAGACUUGGGUGGGCAUCCUCCGAUUCAAGCUUAUA